UAAGGCGUUGUUCCAAACCAGGGUACACUACCUCACUCCACUACCACCACCACUCUCACACCAUUCCUCUUCUUCUUCUUCUUCUUCAUAUCCAUUUUCUCUCUCUCUCUUUCUCUUCUCUCUCUCUCUCUCUCUCUCUCUCUCUCCAUUCCUCUUUUUCUUUGACUUUUCAUUUGACUUUUUGUCUUACUCUCGCAAAUGCAUAACCAAGAUCAAAGAAAAACUCACACUCCAGGGCACGAGAAUCAUGGAGUUUAUGUGUGUAACAAAUGUGGAUGGCCUUUUCCGAAUCCACAUCCCAGUGCUAAACAUAGACGCGCUCACAAGAAGAUCUGUGGAACUAUUCAAGGUUACAAACGGGAACAAAGCGGUUCGGAUAAUGAACGUCUUUCAGAGGAUGAUUACAAAACACCGGGUUUGGUUUUGUCAAGUUCCAACAAUGAGAAGGGUAAUACUGGAAUUAAAGGAAAGUUUACUAGGGCAGAAAGUGAUGUGUUUUCAGAUGCAGUUGCUGAUUUUCCAGAUAGUGGAGUUAAGGAUCAUUUUCUUCUACAAACUCUUUCAGGGUCUUCUGAGUUCAAUGAUUUUGAGGCUACAGAUGUGACUCCACUAAUUGCCAACUCAAGCAAUGAGUUCCAAAUUAAAAAUUCUAAUAUUCCACAAAAUGAAAGUUUUGAAUUGGGAAAUAUAGUCGGGGUGCAAGGUCAACAAUUGUCAGGCUCUACUGUGGAUCCAUUAAUAAGCCCGGUUGUGGAUUCAAAGACUGAAGAAUUGAGUAUUGUGCAUGGUGAUGGUUUUUCUGGUCUGUCAAGUGACUCAAGUCUCAGCAAAGCUGCAGCUGUAUGUGAUAUUUUGCCAGAAAAAAAGAUCUAUGCUGGUGAAGAUGUAACAGGUUCUCGUUUGACACAUGGUGAAAAGGAGUCUAAUUUGAAAGAGAAGGAUGAGGUAAAGUCAGGAAGAGACAUGUUUGAAAUUGCUGAGUCAACUAAUGACAUUGUAUGUGAUAUUUCGCCAGAAAAAAAUAUCUAUGCUGGUGAAGAUGUAACAGGUUCUCAUUUGACACGUGGUGAAAAGGAGUCUAAUUGGAAAGGAAAGGAUGAGGUAAAAUCAGAAAGAGACAUGGUUGAAAUUGUGGAGUCAACUAAUUGCAUUGUAGGUGAUGGAGCUGUUAAUCCAAAGGAAAAGAAGGGAUCCGAGUUCGUUUCUUUGAGGCCUCAAUAUGAACUUCCAUUAGAAGUAAACUCGUCUAUUAUCACCAAAGAGGUGCAGGUAGAAUCUGCAAAUGCAAUAGAGUCCAGUAACAGUAGUGAAGUCAAGGUUUUGCAGGAAAAGGAAGAUGUGAAUGUUAGUAGUGAUCCACUUCCUGUGCACGAUGAUAGACUUGGUGUAGCUUAUCCUCACAGUGAGUCAUUGAAACAUGAGGAAGAUGAUAGCAAGGAAAGUAAUUUUCAUUUCAACACAAGCCAGUUGAGUGAAAAAAGUGGUGUUCUCUCUGAAUUUUCUUUAGGCGAGCUUGCAACUGAAACUUAUCAAAGAUCACAUGAAAUUGGAGUGUCUAUGGAAACUGAGAUGAGUGAGAAUGAUUUUUCUGAAGAGCAUGGGGUUGAUGACAUUCGUGAAAAUUCUCAACCCAAAAGUAGUUUAAUGGUUUCCUCAAAUGAAUAUCAAAGGGAGGCAUCCUUUCAGUCUGCGACCGAUGAAACAUUCGAUAUCAUCAAUGUUAGUCAUCAUCCGAAUGACACAACUGAAAUAAAUGAUGUAUCUGUAGAUGGAAAGGUUGCAGGAGCUAAUGUGGAAAAUGACACUGAAGUUCUAUUGAAUGAUUAUCAACCUAGUGACCUCUUGCAAUCUGAAGUUGAGGAAUCAAAUGUCUUAUAUAAGAAUAAUGGUGAUGAUGCUGGUGAAACGAGUAAAACUGAGCGAUGUGAUAGAACUGUGGAUGAAAUCAAUAGCAAUAUCGAAUUAUAUGAAGAACAUAACAAACCCGCUGGUGUUGCUGUUGACUCACAUGAAGAACAAGCUACACAUCUAUUAGUGAAGACUGCAGAAGACUUUUCCAUCAAGCAUACACCACAUUCUUCAACCAAUACCAAGCCUUCUGCUCAACAUGAGUCUGCCGUUGAAGAUGAUUCAAAUGCAGAGCCUGUUCAAGAUCAAGGAAUUGAUACUUCUGCUGGCUCGCAUGUAGCUACAGAAGACCUUACCAGCAAGUAUACAGCACAUUCUUCUAUAAAUACUACUAAAUCUUCUGCUCAACAUGUUUCUGCUGUUGAAGAUAAUUCAGGUGGAGAAGUGUCUAGAAUUACUGCUGUGCCACUUUUGGUUCAAGAUCAAAGCGUUAAUGACUUGAUUAAACCAACUUCUCCCGGAACGGAUGCUUCAGUUGACUCCAGUAGCCGGCGUGAAAGUUUGGAAGGAAACUGGGGCUCUAGUUCAGUUAUAUCAAUGAUAUCCGAUGCACCAGCUGUUAUUGAUGCCGAAACUUUACCUCCAAUGGGUUCGCUGGCAUCAUCAGAAGAAGGUAAAUCUGAUUUGAACACCCUACAGACUGCACUUGCUGAUAGACAGCUAUCUGGAAAAUCAGGAACGUUUGAACUGCCAUCUUUCACAACAUUAGUUGAGCCUAACCAUGCGGCUGCUAGUCCUAAAGGUGCUGCUUCUGAAAUCCCGAACCCUGAACCGUUAAGUUCCACCUUGCCAGCCGGUUGGUUUCCUACCCUAAAUCAGGUUAUGAAUGAUUCUCAAGGGAGAAAGCAGAACGAAGAAACAAUUGCCAAAAUAACAAACCGGAGCAGCAGUAAAGAGCACACACCUCUGAAGAGUCUCUUGGGUGAGGUUACUCAUAGCAGCAAAAAGCCGAAAUCGCCAAAAGUUGAAGAAACUAAUGAUGCAUCUGAAUUGACAACUGUUAACUCAAUUCUUGGUCCCGAGUCCCCUUCGGCAGCCCAAGUGGCGAAAGAAAAGGCUGCAAAUGAAUGGAACUCUCCAGCAAGAUAUCCUGCAAAUAUCAAGCGAGAGAAAAAGAAAUUGAAGAGCAAACCAUUUUGGUUACAGUUUGUUUGUUGCUCAACAGCAGUGGAUCAUCCUCAAAGAACGUAGAAGAAAAAUAGAAGAUUGCUUUUUGCGCUCUAUCCUCAUUCUGGUUAUUAUUCGCACUCUAUUGUUUUUUUAGUUUAUCUAUCAUAGAUUUUAGAUGCAUAUUUUAACGUGUCCUAUAUUGUUCUUGCAAGGUUAUUAGGAGUUGCGUUGUAUAUGUUGACCAUCUUCAUCUUUUAUUUUUAUUAUUCAGUGAGAUAUUACUACUCAUACUGAGUAAUGUGUUAAUCUUAGUUUGGUCUUAGGGAAUAAUUUGCUCCAUACUCUCAUCUCAUGUGUUGAUGGAUUCUGGUUAUUAUUUGCUCUC